AUGGCGGCUGCAUCAUCUGAUGAAGGUGGUGGUGGAUUCCCACCUAUGACGCAAUACUCAUCAUCAUCAUCAUCAUCAUCAUCAUCAUCAUCCACCAUGUACCAUUAUCUCUCAGUUCUCAAUGAUAAAAUCAACGAGUUGCAGUCACUUGUGGGGGUUAUAGCCUCCCCCAAUCGGCACCACUCAUCAAUUCCUUGUUCUUCCUAUUCCAUGGCCAUAUCCACCAUGACCUCCACCAUCCAAGAUAUCAUACUUGCUUCCUCUUCAUUCAGACUCACCUUCCAACAACACAUCAAUAGUUAUAACAAUCCAUCAUCAUCAGGUACCAUUAUUGCUCCUUCUUGCAAUAAUCAACAAUUAGAAUUGCACCCUCAUCACCACCACCAAUCUUAUGAUUAUAAUAAUAGUAAUAUCAUUAGAGGAGGUACUAGUAGUGUUGCUAAUCAUGAACCUGCACAAGAAGAAGACGAAGAAGAUGAAGAAACACUCCAUUGGUUUUCUGAACCCUACAACAAUAACAAUAGUACUGUUAUUUAUUGUGAUGAUGAUAACAAUAAUACUAAGGAUGAAGAUGGAGAAGAAGAAACAGAUAUAAUUGAGUUGGAUGCUGCUGAUUUGUUAGCAAGCUACACACAUUUCUGCCAAAUAUGUGGGAAAGGAUUUAAGCGCGAAGCGAAUCUGAGGAUGCAUAUGAGGGCUCAUGGGGAUGAAUUCAAAACCAGUGAAGCCUUGAAGAACAACAAGAAUAACAAGAAGAUGAUGAUAACGAAGAAGAAGAAGUAUUCGUGCCCUGAAGAUGGGUGCAGGUGGAACAAGAAUCAUGCCAAGUUUCAGGCACUGAAAUCAAUGGUGUGUGUGAAGAAUCACUACAAGAGAAGCCAUUGCCCAAAGAUGUAUGUUUGCAAGAGGUGCAACAACAAGAACUUCUCUCUGCUCUCUGAUUUGAGGACCCAUGAGAAGCACUGUGGUGAUCCCAAUAAAUGGUUGUGUUCUUGUGGAACCACUUUCUCAAGAAAAGACAAGCUCUUCGGACAUCUUGCUUUGUUCCUUGGCCACUCCCCAGUUCAUGCUGCUACUCAACGAUCAUAA